UCUUGCCCCAGAAGUAUCUUCUGCAGAUCAAAUACUUCCCCACGAAGGAAAAAAUUACAGAAGAAAAAAAAAUUCAGUCCAUUACUUCACGUUACAUUCUCAUGAUCCUCUGUCCUCCCUUUUCCAUACAACCACCCAACUCACAGCCUAGCUCUUUUCUCUCUGCCAUCUAGCUCUACCUCUACUAUGCGAAGUGGGUCAGGAACAGCCUCAUUCGAAGCCUUUCUGGAAGGCUGGCUUGUCCGCCAAGAACAUUACCUCGAUGAGCUUCUCUCGGCUCGGCAACAUUGCCACGAAAUCAGAGACGAAGACCUCAAAGAUUUGGUUUGCCGCAUCCUCGCACACUACCAAGAAUACUACGAAGAAAAAUCGAUGGUCGCUCAGAGGGACGUCUUCCUCGUGUUCUCUCCCACAUGGUUCACCUCCUUCGAGCGCACCUUCCUCUGGAUCGCCGGUUUCAAACCCGGUUUGGCAUUCCACCUCAUCAGCAACUCGGUGGAUGACUUGUCCGAGAACCAGCACCAGAGAAUGAAUAGGUUGAAGGAGGAGACGAAGGUGGAGGAACAGGCGCUCAACCAUGAGCUGGCAAAGAUUCAGGAGAGAGUGGCGGCACCACCGUUUCUGGAGAUUCUGAGGAGUGGGGGGCGGUCAAUCGAUGGGGAAAUAAAGGAGGAGGACAAUGUGUUCGCGGCAUGGAGGUCGGCAUUGGAGUCAGUGGUGACCAAUGCUGAUGCUCUGAGGACGAACACGGCGGUGAAAGUGGUGGAGAUACUUAGUCCAGCUCAAAGCGUGAGGUUCUUAGCCGCAGUUUCUGAGCUUCAGCUCAGGAUUAGGAGUUGGGGCUUGCAGAGAGAAGCUGAAGCACAAGAAUAAAUUGGGAAUGAAUGAGUGAUAGCUUAUAGUUUAAUGAGAACCUGAACUCUCUAUCUCUCUCUGUUUCUCUCCUAACCUACUUUUAUGAAUUUAUGUUUGUCAGGUUGCUGUGGAUGGAUCUUAUAAGUGGUCAAUAUACUGUCAAUAUUGAGUGGAUUA